CAUUAAUAAAACUUCUCAUCAAGUUUCAAACAAUAUAAAAUAAAACUUCUCAUCAACUUAGUCCUAUACCUUUUUCCUCAUCUCAUCAUCGUCUUUUCUUUCGGGCUCUCCUUUGUUAGUUAUAAUACUUGGGUUUGGAGCAAAGUUCUGUGAACGUUUGUCCUUUUUGUUGUUGUUGAAUAGAAUUUUAAGUAAGGUUGUAUAGUUGCAGAAGCUUGCAGCUAUACAUCAAUGGCUGAAACUUCUAAUAAAGCACGUUCCUUGGAGGAGACACCGACAUGGGCAGUUGCCGUGGUGUGUUUUGUGUUAGUUGUUAUUUCGAUCAUCAUUGAACAUGCCAUUCACAUGCUAGGGAAGUGGUUAAAGAAGAAGCACAAGCCAGCUCUUUAUGAAGCACUUGAGAAGGUUAAAGCAGAGCUUAUGCUCAUGGGAUUUAUAUCCUUGCUCCUGACAGUAGGGCAAAGUACCAUAUCCGGAUUUUGUAUACCAGAAAGCAUAGCAAACACUUGGCAUCCCUGUAAGGCUGGGACUAAAAAGGAUUCUGAAAGCACUGGCAGAAAACUUCUUGAAUUUUCAGAUGUCAGUACUGUUGCUCGGCGCAGUCUUGCAGCAAAAGAAGACAAGUGUCCAGAGGGAAAAGUUGCAUUUGUAUCGAGCUAUGGUGUUCACCAGCUCCAUAUAUUCAUCUUUAUGUUAGCAGUUUUCCACAUCCUCUACUGCAUAACAACCUAUGCUUUGGGAAGAACCAAGAUGAAGCGAUGGAAGGCCUGGGAGAAAGAGACAAGGACAGUUGAAUAUCAAUACUACAAUGACCCAGAGAGGUUCAGGUUUGCGAGGGACACCUCAUUUGGGCGCAGACAUAUGAACUUUUGGAGCCGCUCAACCUUAUCCCUUUGGAUUGUGUGCGUCUUUAGACAAUUCUUUGGGUCAGUUACAAAGGUUGAUUACCUGACACUGAGGCAUGGGUUUAUCAUGGCACAUCUGGCACCUGGAAAUGAAACAAAAUUUGAUUUUCAGAAAUACAUCAAGAGAUCAUUAGAAGAAGAUUUCAAAGUGGUAGUUGGGAUCAGUCCAAUCAUAUGGUUCAUUGCUGUCUUGCUCCUGCUUGCCUAUACACAUGGAUGGUACUCUUAUUUGUGGCUACCCUUUCUCCCCUUAGUUAUAAUUCUAAUGGUUGGAACCAAGCUACAAGUGAUCAUAACUAAAAUGGGACUGAGGAUUCAAGAUAGAGGUGAUGUAGUCAAGGGUGCACCUGUGGUUCAACCAGGCGAUGACCUCUUCUGGUUUGGACGCCCACGCUUCCUUCUUUUCCUCAUCCACUUAGUCCUCUUUACGAAUGCAUUUCAACUAGCCUUCUUUGUGUGGAGCACGUAUGAAUUUUCCAUAAAUUCUUGCUACCAUGAGCACCUGGAAGAUAUCAUCAUUAGAGUAUCAAUGGGGGUCGUUAUACACUUUCUUUGCAGUUAUGUGACUCUCCCACUCUAUGCUUUGGUGACUCAGAUGGGAACUAACAUGAGACCAACAAUCUUUAACGAGAGAGUAGCAACUGCACUCAAAAACUGGCACCACACAGCAAAGAAACACACUAAACACAGCAGGCAUUCUGAGAACACAACACCAUUUUCAAGCAGGCCAGCAACCCCAACACAUGGGAUGUCUCCUGUUCAUCUUCUGCAUAACUAUCCCCGAAGUGUCGAAAGCUACCACACAUCUCCAAGGAAUUCCAACUUCGAGAACGACCAGUGGGAUCCCGACUCUCCUCGCCGCCAUGCAAUCAAUGAUUCUGUGCAUGAUAGACAGCUAGAAAUGAGGGAAGUAGACAGGACAGUUCAAGAGUACUCUGGCUCCCCUUCACAUAUGCCUCACCCACCCCAGACACUUCGGACACAACAUGAAAUUGACAUCGGUUCAUCAGAUUUCUCAUUUGCCAAAAAAUGAUCGAACUCAUUCCAGAUUCAGGUCGGACUAAAAGGGACAAUGCUGCUAACAUUUGUCGUGUACAUUUCUUGGCACAUGCCAGACACUGACGCCAGCCUGCAUGGAGACCAAAGGGCAAUGGAGAUUGGACACAUGGAAACCAAAGGCACAGAGAGAGAGAGAGAGAGGGAGAUUGGACUACUUUUUCUUUGUUGAUACAUACUAAGUUUUUUUUAUUCUUUACAGCAUCUUCUACUUUCUGUACUUUACAGUUUUGAAUAACACUUUUAUCCAGCUUUACAUUUUUUUAUUUUC